CUGUCUCAUUGCGCAGUUUAUUUUCACCUUACAGACAAUUUUGUAACCUUAGGCAUCACAGGAGCUUUAGGUUGCCGCCCUCGUGGGCCUCGGCACGUUAGGAAAGACUUAAGAUGGCCGAUAGGUUUCCUCCACCUGGUAUGAAGGCAACACAGGAGCAACUGGACGCUGCUGAUGUCCCGUACCAUUACCGGGACUAUUGCGCUCACUUGUUCAUUGAUUACAAGGAGUGCCGCCUCACAAGCGGGUUUUCAUGGAGGACCAGUUGCCACCAUGAGCUGCAUGCGUACAACAAGUGCGAGUACAAGGAGUUCAAGCGCCGGGUUGCUAUUGCCAUCGAGGAGAAGCGCAGGCGCGGCCUCAUUACCGCUUGAUUAAGACGGCUUGACUAGGACUGCGACGAUUAACACAGCGGGAAGCGGACGGGGACACAUCCCUGUGCACUCCCAUGCUGGCGCAUGACUUAAAUGUAGGUUGAUGCUUUCAAGGCGCAACCUCCAUGGCUUAUGAUAAUGUCCAAGAGCUCGUGGCAGGGCCUGGGUGGACUUCUGGGUGUGUGGGCGGCUCUGUAGGGUGUGUGCCUGCCGGUGUGUUCGUUUGAUGCAAUUUACAAGUGGGAAGCGAAACCCAAUGAGGUCUUACGUACCGUAAACCAGGCCUCGGGGUAUUUUAUGUGUGGUAUUGCAGUUUAACAUGGGUGUCGAGGGUUCUGGAGCUUGUCGUCAGUACACUUCACUGGCAGCGCCGAUUAUACGAAGCACCAUAUUCUUGCUAUAUAUCGUGCUCCGAUGACUUUUGUAAACAAAUUAUGCAAUUGC